AAACCCACUCCUCCCUCACAUUCCUUUCCCAUUCCCAAGCUUGUAGCUAGAAAUCCCAUCUCUCCCUAGCAUCAAUUCCAUUCACAGCGAUGGAAGUAGAAGGGAAGCUUCACAUUGUUAUGGUGCCGUGGCUAGCUUUUGGACACAUGAUCCCUUAUCUAGAGCUGGCCAAGUGCUUAGCUCGAAUGGGCCACCGUAUCUCCUUCCUCUCCACCCCCAGGAACAUCGACAGACUGCCAACUGUCCCUCAUGAUCUACGUCCCAGGAUAAAUCUAGUGAAGCUUACCCCACCUUCCAUCGAUGGCCUACCUGAGGAUGCUCAAUCCACCGUUGAUGUCCCACUUGAUCACCUUCGUUUCUUAGAACAGCUGUUAGAUGGACUAGAAGGACCCCUAUCGUCGUUCCUCGAAGGCGAUCCAUCACCGGAUUGGGUAAUCUACGACAUGGGUGUUUACUGGGCCCCACGUGUGGCGGCUAAGUAUGGGAUCCCAACUGUCUUCUUUGGACCGUUCAGCGCAAUGACCCUCUCCAUCAUCGGUCCUCCAACGGUGCUUAUGGACCCUCAGCCGGUGACGCCAGAGCAAUUAACCGUUCCACCUUCGUGGGUCCCAUUCCCUACCAACGUGGCUUUCCCAUACUAUACAGCGGAACGACUCGCGAACUACAGUAAGGGCCGUGAGUCGGGUUCGGGUUUAACCAAAGGCCAGAGGUUAGGACUCACAGUCCAAGGAUCCCAUGUCGCGGCUAUACGGAGUUGUCAGGAAUUCGAACCUGAGUGGAUCCGACUCCUUGGCGAGCUUUACCAGAAACCCGUUUUCCCAAUAGGUCUGCUUUCGCCGUCCAUACCUGAAAUCGACGGUAAGGGACAUGACCCGUGGGUGGAUUAUAAGUGGCUUGACACACAAAAGCACGGGUCCACGGUUUAUGUUGCAUUUGGGAGUGAGUUGCAAUUCAGUAAAGAACAAGUGCAUGAGUUAGCAGUCGGGUUAGAACUAUCCGAAUUGCCCUUCUUUUGGGCAUAUAGGGGGGACCCGAGUCUGCUCCCACUGGGGUUCGAGGAGCGGACCAAGGGCCGUGGAUUUGUUCGGUUGGGAUGGGCCCCACAAGCUAGGUUACUGGCACACACGUCCAUUGGAUGUUUCUUUAUGCAUGGGGGAUGGGGUUCAUCCGUCGAGGGUCUUGCUUUCGGGAAGCCGCUUAUCAUGUUGCCCAUGAUCAUUGAUCAAGGGCUGAUCAUGCGUGUGAUGGUAGGAAAGAAGGUUGGAGUCGAGGUGCCAAGGAAUGAGAGGGAUGGAUCUUUCACGUGGGAGGGAGUCGCUAAGUCUCUGAAGCUGGUGAUGGGAGAGGAUGAAGGUGGGCCCAUCAGAUCCAACGCUAGGGAGAUGAUGAAGAUCUUUGCAAAUAAGGAACGGGACAAUCAGUACAUCAAGGACUUUGUGGAUUAUCUCAUAAAGCAUAAAGUCCCAGAUCCCUCAGCCUAAUCAUGUCAAGCGAGUGCAUAUGAAUAAGGCCCGCUAAUUCAACCAUCAGACGGUGCUGGAUGAUGGGGGCCCACACGUUGGAGUGUGCUAGUUUGUAUGUCUGAAAAGGAACCACGUAAUCGAGAGGUGGAUGUAGAAAUAGUACGUUGGGUGGUGUUGGAUGUUGGGUGUGGAUUGCAUUAGUAUGUCACAUGUAUCUUACAUUAUUACUUUACUAGUUUGGUUGCUUGUAAUCUUCUCUUGUUAGCUA